CCGGCGUCGUCGUCGUCGUCGUCAGGCGACGCGAGGAGGAGAGUGCCGUGGCCACGUCAAAACAAAAGCAACCGGUUUGCAGCGGGGAAGAAGAUGCGGCCGAACCCUACUCCUAUAAAACGCCCGUGCCCCAGAGCCGGAGUCUUCACUUUUUUCGGCCCCCUCCAUCCGUUCAAGCAACAUCCGCGGAUCCGAUUGGCCAUCAAAAAUGAAGAUUACCGCGGGGCUCGUGCUCCUUCUGGCCCUCGCAGCACCUCAUCACUGUAAGCGGACAAAACGAUGGGACGAAAGCAAGGGGCAAAAUCAGGAAGGCUGGGUUCGAGGUACAGCUGGUGUCGACUACCCAGACUACAAGGAAAUUCCCCGCACAAGUUUUCGCUGUAGUCAGCAGCCGUACGAAGGAAUGUACGCUGACUUGGAGGCGCAAUGUCAGGUUUACCACGUGUGCCACAACGGCCGAAAGGAAAGCUUCCUGUGUGGACCAGGAACAAUCUUCAACCAGCAGAUCCGUGCCUGUGACUACUGGUACAGCUUCGAGUGCGACGAAGCACCCAACUGGUACUACCUAAACGCCGAAGUGAACGUUGAGAGCCCGCAGCCGCUGCAGCCUCUGCCCGGAAGCGGUGGUGCAGGCGGUGCAGGUGGUGGUGGCGGCGGAGGUCGUCCAGGACCAGCCUACCUGCCUGGCGGCACGGGCGGGGCAGCAGGAGGCGGAGGUGCGCCAGGCGCCGGAGGCUAUCCUGGCUCAGGUGGUGCGGGUAGAUACCCAGGAGGUUCCGGCUCACCUGGAUCCGGCGGUUAUCCCGGUGGCCCUCGGGGACCAAGUUCUGGAGGAGCUCCCGGUUCUGGUGGCUACCCUGGUGGGGCUGGUGGUUAUCCCAAAGGAGGUGCCGGCGGGCCCGGUGCAGGAGGUUACCCAGGCUCUGGAGCUAGAGGACCUAGCGCUGGCGGUUACCCUGGAUCUGGAGCCGGUAGGCCUGGUGGUGGCGGCUAUCCAGGAGGGGGAGGCUACGGCUCUGGCGCUGGGCCUAGGCCGGGCUCUGGUAGACCCGGUGGAAAACCAGGUGGCGGACCUGUUGGUCCAGCGGGAUCGGGCGGUUACGGUGGUCCUGGUGGACCAGGAGGCCCCGGUGGUUACGGUGGUCCCAGUGGUCCCAGUGGUCCCAGUGGUGGUCUCAGUGGUCCCGGAGGCCCCGGAGGCCCCGGAGGCCCCGGAGGAUCGGGUGCUUACGGUGGUCCCGGUGGCCCCGGAGGAUCAGGCGGUUACGGUGGUCCGAGUGGUCCCGGAGGUUCCGGUGGUUAUGGUGGUCCGAGUGGUGCCGGUGGUCCCAGAGGUCCUGGCGGUUACGGUGGCCCGAGUGGUCCUGGAGGCCCUGGAGGGUACGGUGGUCCCAGUGGCCCCGGCGGUCCUGGUGGACCUGGGGGUCCUGGUGGUCCGAAAGGGCCAAGUGGUCCCAAGGGACCAGGUAGCCUUGGAGGGGCCGGAGGUCCUGGUGGUGCAGGAGGCCCCGGUGGUUAUGGAGGCUACGGAGGACCCGGAGCAGGGGCUGGACCCGCACCUGGUGGCCCUGGUCCAUACUUGGCGAGUGGUGGUCCUGGUUCUGGGUCUUAUCCCGGCGCUGGUGCGACGGCUCCCCAAGGUGGAUCGCGCCCUUCGGCCGGAGGAUAUGGAGUCGUACCAUCUGGGCCUCGCCCGGCGCCAGCCACGUAUCCAGGUUCAUCAGGAGCCGGUGCCUAUCCGGGUGCAGGCGCCGGUCCAGGCGCAUCAGGAGCCGGUGCACAACCCGGAGGAGACGGAGCGUGGCAGGGGCCUGAGUACCCAAGCCCUAAUGCUGGCGGUGGUGGCGGCGGUGGUGGCUACUACACGUCCGACAGCGGGGCCUACUCGGGUGGUUCCGCAUACCCCGGACAGGACGCGUCCGGCCAGCUACCCGGUGGUGCUCCCCAGAGGCCUCGAGGAGGAGGUCGGGGCCGCAGGCCGCAGGGUGGCUACGGGUCACCUAUGAUGAUGGGCGGCGCUGGUGGUGACUGAGAUUUGUCCGCGUGGACAAGUGAUAGUGUCCACUUCGGUGGCUGCUAUUGCGAAACUACUUCCUAGACACCGAUAGCAACGGACAUUAUGCCGUCAAGGCUAUGAGAUAAAAUGAAAAAAUGACGUGAAACAGUAUUUUUGCUGCCAGGCAGCUAGAGAUCUCCAACCAGAAAUGUCGCAACUUUCCGCUUAGUUACUUUUAUGAACCGAUUUCGGCUUACUUUAUCCGAAAUUGAGUUGUUUGUUUAGGGUAGCCAUGAUCGCUGUUUCGUUUGGGUAUGUCAACUACAUUGGAAGGAAAUACUAACACACCGACUUCAGCCUCAGUGUCGUUUGGCAAAAUCCUGCACCGAAACAAGGUGUUCUUUUUUGCGCGAAUGAUAUGCGAUUGUUGUUGCCUUUAUUUUCGUUAACGCAUUUUCUUCUCAGCUCUUGUUCAUUGUUGUUACCAUAUAUGCCAUUUUCUCUUUUCAUUGUUCGACUUAAGCAAAGACGCCUCGCGCUGAAGGAACGAAGCAUGUUGUUGAAGGUGGUUGCUUUUUGCUCUUACUUCAGAUUCCUAUGUGUUCCUUACAGAAGAAUCAACAGAAAUGAGUUUUAAUUUCGCGGCACUGCCAACACCGCGUCGGAGGGUAGCUCAUCAAGACUACAGUAAAGUGCCUUUCUUUCGCGAAGCGAAAGAAACCGAGAGCACUGAUUGUUGAAUUUGAAAGUAAUAAAACAAAGAAAAAUA